UUGGAGCUUGGUGGAAAGAUGGUCCCUUUCUGCGGUUGGUCAAUGCCAGUGCAAUAUAAAGAUGGUGUACUACCUUCACAUUUACACACUCGGCAGCAUGCCUCUCUGUUUGAUGUAUCCCACAUGUUGCAAUUUAAAGUGCAUGGAAGUGACAGAAUUAAAUUUUUGGAAAGCCUGGUAGUUGCAGAUAUUGCAGGACUUGCAGAUUACACAGGGACUCUUUCUCUGUUUACCACAGAAGAUGGUGGGAUUAUUGAUGACUUGAUCAUAAACAAAACACCUGAACAUUUGUAUGUAGUGUCCAAUGCAGGGUGUGCAGAUAAAGUUUUGGAGCAUCUUCAGGAUAGACUGAAGGCUGUGAACAAUGAUUUGGGUGUUGCACUUGAAGUUCUUGAGGACAAAGCACUUGUUGCGUUACAAGGACCUCAAGCUGCCAAAGUUCUUCAAAGUGGUGUGCAAAGUGAUCUAAGUAACAUGUUUUUCAUGCACGGUGGCGUAGUGGAAGCGUUUGGGAUCAAAGAUGUACGAGUUACGCGUUGUGGUUACACGGGAGAGGAUGGGUUUGAGCUGUCAGUGGACAAGGAGAGAGCUGUUGAUUUGACGAAAGCAUUAUUAGAAAGCAAAGAGGCAGAUGUUAAGCCAGCAGGCCUGGGGCCGAGGGACAGUCUGAGACUAGAAGCUGGGCUUUGUCUCUAUGGAAACGAUAUUGAUGAAAACACCACGCCUGUUGAAGCUGUUCUUGUGUGGACAAUUGGGAAAAGACGACGUGCUCAAGCAGACUUUCCAGGAGCGGAAAUAAUCCUCAGACAGAUUAAAGAGAAGGCCAACAGGAAGAGAGUAGGGCUUGUGUCGAAAGGCCCUCCUGCGAGAGCGGGGGCAAAUAUUUUAGAUGCUGAUGGUAACAAAGUAGGUCACGUGACAAGCGGUUGUCCAUCACCGUGCCUGAAGCAGAACAUUGCAAUGGCUUACGUACCAACAGCGUUAUCCAAACCAGGGACAGCAUUACAUUUAGAAGUGUACAAGAAGAGAAUUGACGCUCAAGUUGUAAAGAUGCCUUUUUUGCCAACAAACUACUACUUUGGGAAAUGAAUAUGAAGAUGAAUGAUUUUAGAAUUAAGGCCUGAAACGAAAUGAGAAACUGAAAUAUCUAGCGUGACUUUCAAGUAGAAAUACUUUUUGAAAUUGACUACCUUUUAAAAUGCUCUGUGAAACCUAUCGAAGAUAAUUUAUUUAUUGAUUAUUUUAUAGAGGUUUUUUAACGAUGUCGUACCUAUGGAUUGAAGAUUGAAGAUUAAAGCACAACUCCAGCAUUCAAAUAUUCUUAUAUAUCAGAUGUAGGACAGUUUUUAAGAUAUAAAUGUUAAAUAUCA